GCUCUGCCUGCGGCUGGACGCUGAUGCGCGGCGGGAGGAGGACGCUUGGCUCUGGCCCUGCCAAUCUGAGCGGCGGCGGGGCCGGGGUGUGGGUGCUGAGCGAGGUAUCGCUGCCAGCACGAGCUGCGAGGAGGCGCUGAGAUCCCGCUGGGUCGCCGGGAGGUCUCCUUGGAAGCGUUUGGAGCGACUGUCGUACUCUCAAGGGCACAACUUCUCUGGGCCUCGUGUAGGCUGAGCGAAUGACCAAGUGGUGCCUUCUCCUAAAUGGAAAAUGGGAGAGCUCAUACCCUGACAGUUCUGUUCAUCCUCACCUGUGCGCUGGGAUACGUAACCUUACUUGAAGAAACACCUCAAGAUACAGCCUACAAUACAAAGAGAGGUAUUGUUGCCAGUAUUUUGGUUUUCCUGUGUUUUGGAGUUACACAGGCUAAAGAUGGACCAUUUUCAAGACCUCAUCCAGCUUACUGGAGAUUUUGGCUGUGUGUCAGCGUUGUGUAUGAGCUCUUCCUCAUCUUCAUACUCUUCCAGACUGUACAAGAUGGCAGACAGUUUAUGAAGUACAUUGAUCCACAUUUAGGUGUUCCUUUGCCAGAAAGAGACUAUGGUGGCAACUGCCUUAUUUAUGAUCCUGGCAACGAAAGUGAUCCAUUUCACAACAUCUGGGACAAACUGGAUGGAUUUGUUCCUGCUCACUUUUUUGGCUGGUACCUGAAGACACUGAUGAUUCGAGACUGGUGGAUGUGUAUGAUCAUCAGUGUAAUGUUUGAAUUUCUGGAGUACAGUCUGGAACACCAGCUUCCAAACUUCAGUGAAUGUUGGUGGGAUCACUGGAUAAUGGAUGUGAUCUUAUGUAAUGGAUUAGGAAUUUACUGUGGGAUGAAGACUCUUUCUUGGCUUUCUUUGAAAACAUACAAAUGGCAAGGACUUUGGAACAUUCCUACAUACAAAGGUAAAAUGAAGAGAAUUGUCUUCCAGUUCACCCCAUAUAGCUGGGUCAAAUUUGAGUGGAAGCCAGCAUCCAGCUUACGGAGAUGGCUAGCAGUUUGUGGCAUUAUCUUUGUAUUUUUAUUGGCAGAGCUGAACACAUUUUACUUGAAGUUUGUCCUUUGGAUGCCGCCAGAACACUACUUGGUCCUGUUACGGCUUGUCUUUUUUGUCAAUGUGGGAGGUGUGGCUAUGAGGGAGAUCUACGACUUCAUGGAUGACCCGAAAUUCCAUAAGAAAUUGGGUCAGCAGGCCUGGCUGGUUGCUGCUAUUACUGCCACGGAGUUUCUGAUUGUUGUGAAGUACGAUCCCUAUACGCUCACACUGUCUCUUCCUUUCUACAUUACCCAGUGCUGGAUCUUAGGGAUUAUACUCGUGCUCACCUGGACAGCCUGGCGCUUUUUUAUUCGAGAUAUCACGUUACGAUAUAAGGAGAUAAGGCGACAGAAGCAAGAGCACAAGUAUGAAAAGGACAAAUGCUUGAGCAAUGGUGAUGGACAUUCUUCAAUACUGGAUGAACAGAAUGGGAGCAAACUAAGGGAAAGGAAACUUUGAGCAGUGGUCAAAGGGCAAAAAGAACUCAUAGUGCUCAAGUUGGCCUGGUGGACAGUUUCAACCUUAUCCUACCUAACUUGUAAUUUUCACUGUUAGUUUUCCAAGGUGUGAAAAUCGUUUUGAGGAGAUGAUGUCACUUUGACAUGCACACCCUUUCUAGUCAUGUACACCUAGUCAGAGUCGGAGAAAGUCUGUGUAGAGGGAAGUCAGAACCAACACCGUUGCAACGAGGUGGGAUCUUCGUCCAAGUGUGUUGCAUGCCUUCCUUGCAAAACAAGUUUUGGAGACAAGGGGCUUUAAAACAAAGCGCAAAGGGAAUCUGGCCAAUCUAUUUUCAGUUAACUGUGAGAUUUCUAUUUUGACAUUUGGGCAUUAGGAGCGCAUGGCACAGGAUGUGAAUUUUGUGUCUUCUGCUGAAACUACCUUGAGGUGUGGAGUCAGAUUAUAUAAUAUGUUCAGCCACCAAUUAACAGAACUGCAGCGAGAUAAACAGAUAAACUGAAGCUUGUGAACAAGUUGCGUUACUUGCACAGAAUGUAAUGCAGUACACUACUGUUACAGCCCCUCUAAUGUGGGGGUUAUUGCCUUUCUCUAAACUGACUUUCAAUGUUCUGGAAUAACUUACAAUAAUGUUUUAUCACAGCUCUAGGGAGACAGAAGACUUCUCCUUAGGCUUUUCUGUUUGGUUUUUGUU